AAAAACCCAGCAGAAAAAAGUUCGCAGGGGAGAGGGCUGCUUUAAACCAAGCCAAGUGUUUCGACAGAGGCGGACAGGCUUGACGGGGUGUUCGCCCCACUUUUUGGACUGCGAUAUGGACGCUUUGAAAUCCGCUGGAAGGGCGAUUAUACGGAGCCCCAGUAUCGCCAAACAGUCGUGGGGCUCGAGCAGACACAAAAAGCUUCCGGAGAAUUGGACGGACACGAGGGAGACCCUUCUGGAGGGGAUGGUGUUCCAGCUCAAGUACCUGGGUGUCACCAUGGUGGAGCAGCCCAAAGGAGAGGAGCUGUCCGCGGCGGCUGUCAAGAGGAUAGUGGCCACGGCCAAAGCCAGUGGGAAAAAACUCCAGAAAGUCACGUUAACGGUGUCACCUCGCGGAAUCAUCCUUUACGACAGUGCCUCCCACCAGCUGAUAGAAAACAUCUCCAUAUACAGAAUAUCAUAUUGCACGGCUGACAAGAUGCACGACAAAGUGUUUGCCUACAUCGUCCAGAGUCAACACAACGAGACUCUGGAGUGUCAUGCCUUCCUCUGCACUAAGAGAAAAAUGGCGCAGGCAGUAACCCUAACGGUGGCUCAGGCUUUCAGAGUGGCGUUUGAAUUCUGGCAGGCUGCCAAGGAAGAGAAAGAGAAGCGAGUGAAGUCGGGUUCAGACGGGGAAGGAGCCAGCAACUCUCAGUCAGAGAGCUCGGCCAGCCUCGCCAGCCUGAAGGGAGGAGAGGUAGCCACAGCGAAGCUUCUGGAUUUGGCAGAGGGGGCCAAUAUGGCGCUGGUCCACUCAGGAACAAAGCAGAGCGAAUCGGAUCCCUUUAUGGUGCAUAAUCACGCUACAGAGAACAACAAUACUGUAUGGGAGUUGGAGGACGGUCUGGACGAGGCUUUCUCAAGACUCGCUGAGUCUCGCACUAACCCCCAGGUCCUGGACAUUGGGGUAAACCCUCAGGACUUGAACACUGAAGAGUGCCUGUCCCCAGGCAAAUGGGACCAAGAGGACACAGACUUCCCCGCACAAAAAGACUCUUUCGGGUUCUAAUGUGAAACCUCCGCCAAGAAGGAGAAAAACAGGGAAAGAUGAGGAGAAACGGUGGGUAAAACAUGGUUGGAGACCGGAGAAGUGGCAAAACAGACAUUUGUUACAUCAGCAAGGUUUCCCACCUUCUCCCUGCUGCCAAGUCCUCUGUGGUGCAGCCUCGUGGCUCUCCGAUGCUUCUGCAUCCACACGACCAGAGAAGGACAACAUGAGCAGGCUGCUCACAGAACAGGCCAAAGCAAUACAAACCAAUUUAUCCCUUUUCUACAAAGAAAACAUGCAGUCAUUUCAUGUUUGUUACAGUCAGUGUAUUACUUCCUUUUGAGUGUCUGUUUACCCAUUCACUGUAUGUAAUGUGUUUGUGGUAUGUGCUUUUGUACAUUACGUUAAAGCGUGUGCGUGUGUGUGGAUGUACACUAUAUAAAUGUACAAAGUGAGAUAUGACAACUAAGACUUGUUAUGUUUGGAACAGUUAUUUUGUGAGGUAAAGGUCAACAAAGGGUGCUGUCACAUAUUUUAUUUACUUAGAGAUUUAGAAAUGUAACUGGAUCAGAGGGAAAACUCACUGGUGAAGGUCACCGGUACACCAGUGUUCUUAUUGGUCAAAAAUGUUACUACCUGUGUGCUUCAAGGCUUCAGCCUCCUGUUGGGCAACAAGAGCUUUAAAAAAAAAAAAAAAAAAAAGCGAGUAUGUGUUAGUCAAAGGAGUGUGUGUGUAUGUGUGUGUGUGUAUGUGUGUGUGUGUGAGAGAGAAAUAGAUGAGAACAAAAUGACAAUCCUAUUUUUUUUGUAAUGCAAAAUCUAUUUUUGCACUCAGCAUUCAACCAUCUUUAAAAGCACAUAUUUCAUGUAAGGGAAUUUAAUGUCAAAAAGCAUCAAACUCAUAACUCAGACUAAUUUACAGAGCCUGGAUUCACUCUUCACCUCGGAUUUUUUCAUGUGGUGUUUUUACAACUUUUUAUUCACAGUGGAUUAACUCAACUUUUUUAAUUGUGCUCCCGUUUGAUGAUUAAACAAGUGGAAGAUUUUCUGAUGUUUUUAGAUAGCGGCAUAACUUUAAUCAAGCUAAUCCAGGCACACGAACAUGUCUUGGUGGGGAAAGUGGAGGAAGGUCUGGAGGUCACCUGUAAUGUAAUCACUGCACAAAGGUCUACUCAAUAUUCUCAAACCGAUUAGCUGCACAUGUGAUGAUUCAGAUGAUAUGAAAGGGAAGCUGUAUAUUACAUUUGUUUGUACAUUCAGCCCAAUUUGUAAGAGAUUAAUUUUCACUAUAACAUUACAGAUGGUAUCAGCAUGCCUCAUUAAUCCACUGUGAUUCGCUGCUGUAAAACACAACAUGAAGUCCAACAGGGUGAAUGUGUUUUAUCAGCACUCUACCACUGUAAGUUAAAUUAUAUCAUUGCAUUGACUUUGCUAGUUUAUUCUUUUUUUUUUCUUCAGGGAUUCUUCCCCGUGUUAUUUUUUUGGCAUUUUGUUUAUGUAUGAAUUUAAUUUAAUUCAUUAAUUUACAGAAAUUUCAAUAAAAGUACAUUUGUGUA